AUGGCCACCGAUACCGAGUCCAUGGGAGCUCCUGCAGCAUCAGAAAACGCCGAGGCCACCCCCACAACAAGCACAAAACGAGGUCGAGGUGAAAGUGAAAAUGAGACAUCCGAUGGUGAACUGGAGGUGAAUAGUUCGAGAAAGGCCAACAGAGCAUCGAAGAAAGUCAAAGGAAAUGUUGAGAAGAGAUCGACACUAGUUGCAGACACGGCCAAUACUCUCACCAGCUACGAGGAGGGCAAAACAUUCGAGCAGCAGCCAGCGGCAAUCCAGCAAGAACUGAAAAGAGUCCUAGAACUUGGAAACCGAUACAGACAAGCCAUUGAGGGGUUGCCGGAAUACGCACGAAGGUUGUUGAUACAACAAGAGUCAACAGUCGCCCUUCUGAAGCCAUUCACCACGGUGGGCCUCCGUGAAGAGAUGAGCUACGUGAUCAUCGAAGCCAUGAGACAUAUCGACGAAGGUGGAGAGAUGAAGAGGGGAGAGGAGCGCAAAAAGGCAGCCAUCCCAUUCGCUCAACAAGCAUUCAGUGGCAUGUUCGACGCACGAGGUAAUAAAAGACAGGCCCGACCCGCUGGCUCGGUUGCUGGCCUUUCCCUCAAAGAAGCACCCAAGCAUGGCGACGAUGAGGAAUUCGACAACUUCAUCUCCAAUUGCGGAAAGUAUAUCGAGGCCACGGGACCCCCUAGGAACUACUCGAUCAAGAGAACAGACGCAUGGAAGGUGUACCACCCAUUUCACUGCAUGAACAUCCGAAAGAUGAUGUCGAGGAUGCUACUCGAACUUGAAGGAGCAUGGUCGCAAGCCAUACAGUCCGGACAAGCCACCAAUGACGGUGAGGGCAAUGAUAUCAAGACAUACUCGACAUCAUCAGCCGGUGUUGCAAUUCUCGAUGUCAACAUCAACGAUACUUCAAGUCUGCAGGGUGCCUUCAGACAAUCUGCACGAAACGUGAAGAUGUCGCAAUUACAACAUGCGUAUCUGCAAAUGGCCAUGGCCAAGCAUCUCCGAGACUGCUAUGAUGAGUACAAGAAGAAAGCAGAUAACAACGGCACGGAGAAGUUACCACAGAACAGAAAGGAGGAGAAGGAUCAGGGUCUGCCUACCACAGAUUGGAUUGAAGAGGUUCGGGUGGGGAACAGAUGGAGACGGUGGUCGGAGAUCUUGUGUGGCCAGGAAGACGAGUUUGGGGUUCUCCUGACAUUGGGCUUCUUCACAAUGCCAACAGGCGGUCCCGAUUUCUCUUUCCUCCACAGAAAGAUCAACAACGAUUCGAUGGAGUACGCAGAGGCAUACAUCGAAAUGUACACACCGGAACUAAAGACCCUUUGCGAAUCGUUGAAUGUGGAAGCUCCCGCUUUCCUGCGCAAUGGUUUCAUUUCCCCAGGUUCUAUUGCAGCAUUGCAGUCUGCCGUUGACGAUAUCAUUCCAGUUGAUGCACCAGCAGCCGAGGGUAGCGACAGCGAUGCUAUUGGGUCCGGGAUGGAAUUGAUGGCAUAGACUUUGAGGGAUUGGACUUGGCAUGGAGGAUACAGUCCUGGACCUCAACCAUAUUUUUUCUCUCUCCUUUGCUUUGGUUUGCUCAUCUCACAUGGCGUUAUUUUCCUAGCUAGACAAAAGCUUCAUUUUCUUUCUC